UUCUCCCUCUCACACGUUUCUAAUCCGCUCCUCUUCGCUUCCUCUGUUCCUAAAUCGUACUACUGCUAUAACCUCCUACUCACAAACAUUCUGUGAUCUAUGGCGGACGAUUCAGAGCAAACCAAAUCGAUUGAGUAUGAGAGCGACGCCGAUGGAGUCUCAGCGCCGUGGUGGAUGGCACGGAGGAUUGAAGCAAGUGACGAUGAAGACCAAGAAUACAGCAACGAUGGGCUCACAGAAAAGUGCCGGCCGUGCUUUGCUCAUCUUCAUCCUCCAAAUGAAUCUGACGGCGGCGGCGAAGGUUCACCGGAUUGGUACCAAGAACUUGGAGAGAAGGUUGUUUUCGAAGAAGAGCUCGAAGAAAUGAGCCAAGGAGAUGAAGAAGAGCUUCAAGAAACUCUGCAUCGUGUGACUAAGAAGAAAGAGAAGGAGACUACUGUUCGCGACGACGCUUACGUGCCUACGCAUGGUUCGUUCUACAUGCACGACGAUCGCUUUCUAAGUCCCCGCCGCCGCUACCGCACGCGCAGGGGCAUUGUCACUGGAAUGAAAUUGUGGGACAACUGCACUGAUGAACCGAGGUGGAAGCAUGACAAGUUUGAAGACAUGAAAGAUAAUAGUCCUCCGAAGAGUAAUGAUCAACAACAAAGGAAGAACCAAACCAAGGGCCAGAGAUACAUGAAGACGAACCAAUUUGGAUCCCUUGACAAUUAUGGAAAUCAGAAUAAUCAGACUUUAAGAAUUUUUAAAGGAAGAGGACCUAAAAAAUAUAAACCUAUUAUGAAAUGCAAUAAUCUAAAUUCUUCGUCCAAAGAUCAAAUACAUGAGAAGUUCAAGGAAAGCGCUUCAACUUCUAGUUCUUCCAGAGAUUACCGUGCUUCAGCUAAGAUUUUGCCAACAAACACAUCCGGUGAAACACUACACCAAACUACUUCACUGUUAUUACUGCCUGGUAUCCAUCAUGGGGGCCUGCCUUGUGGUACUGUUGAUGAUCAUGCUCUCAUAACGCUAACAGGAUAUACUCCUCAGUACAGUGUCAACUAGCCUCAAAAACUUUCGGAAGACAAGCGGCACAACUUGAAAAUGAAUAUUGUCAGAGACGGAUCAAGCCUCUAAGCCAAAUUGCUUUACCAGUCUGACCGUGGGUAUAGCUCGAGCGAGUGUGACAGUAGAAAAUGAGAUCAGCCUUGAGAAGAAGUGUAUAGUUUCUAUGGUUUACUACUUGUAAUCUGUUACUACGGCUUCUCUUUGGUAGGAUUAUGCAAUAAUGGACGAUUUCGAAAAACCAAGACUACUUGUGAAUUUGUGAUCCAUAUUGAUAGGGUUUUGAAUGUCCUUUUAUUUCUCAAGUAUAGUUGCACGAGGAAAUGUAUACUAAAGAAAGAUGUGCCUCAAGCGGGUUGUCCUGUAGAUAGCAUUUCAUUUUU